AUGGCGAAACCUCUCUUGGUCUAUAUCGCCCCAACUCCCAAUGGACACAAGGUGUCCACCGUCCUAGAGGAACUCAAGGCAGCGUACGGCACAACCGUCGUCGAUUAUGACUACGAAGAGAUAGUGCUGUCAACUAACCGUCAGAAAGAACCUUGGUUUAUCGCUCUUAACCCAAAUGGCCGCAUCCCCGUCCUGGUCGAUCGCUCUCACAAACCUUCCCCCUUCACCGUCUUCGAGAGCGGGGCAAUCUUGCUCUAUCUCGUUCGUAAGUACGACUUGGAAGGUCGCUUCACGUUCCCCGCCGGAAGCGACGAGGAGAGUGAACUGUUGCAGUGGAUCUUUUUUGCUCAUGGAGGAAUCGGUCCCAUGCAAGGACAGGCCCGCCACUUUAGGCAAGUUGCUCCUGUGGAUAUACCUUACGGCAAGCAACGCUAUACCGAAGAGACUGCCCGCCUCUAUGGUGUGCUGAACAUUCGCCUCGAAGGACGUGAUUACCUGGUUGGUCCUGGAAGGGGAAAGUUAACCAUCGCCGAUCUCAACGCCUUCCCUUGGGUGAGGCUUCAUGAGGGAGCUGGCAUCGACUUGGACGCCUUCCCGAACGUGAAAGCUUGGGUGGAUCGUAUCGCUGAACGUCCUGCUGUGAAGGCUGGGCUUGCUAUUCCUCAGUGA